AUGUCCAACCUCACUGUCUACUGGGGUACCAUCGGCGUCGAUCCUAAUAAUAACGUGACCAACACGACACCAAUGGAUCCAGAGUCGGAUGAUUUUCUUCUAUCAGGCAUAUGGAACAAAAACCCUCAACUUCAUACUGGCAUCUCUGGGCCGACGACCGAAUCUAGCGCAACGGCUUGCAUUCUCUUUCGCGGUUCAUUCUUGUCCAUCGCUGCCUCUUUUUACGCAGACACGUCGAUGCAAUGGUGGCUAGACGGUUAUCCAAUUCCUCUCCACUUGCGACAACAGACGGGGGUCGUAGUCGAUCCAUCGGGUGUUUUAAGGGUCAAAUUGCUACUAGAAGCUGGACCAGUCUCACAGAGUCACUUUGACGAUCAUCAACUCGUGUUCAGCGUCGACGCGACGGCAGAACAGCCGGUCCAGAUUGAAUUCGGAACGAAUAAUGACCUACCGAUUCCCCACCCCUCCAUGUAUGGUAUGAGCGCAGUCGACGUUCCUCUAGGAAAUGUAGCGGACGACACGUCUCCUCAGCUGACGUAUUCCUCUGAGUGGAGUCACGUUCCGUUGAAUGACAUGAACAAAUUGUACUGGAAGGGCUCAAUCUCGACUACCAUAAGUGGUGGUAGCUGGGUGGAAACCACGUUCUCCGGAGCGGGCAUCUGGUUCUUUGGUGAUACGGGCCUAUACGAUACUCAUCUCAACAUCACUGUAACCGAGUACUCUGGAUCAGGCGAAACGGUGCGGUGGAUGGAGCACUCUCUGGUCGGAGGCCAACAGAGGAAAUGGCCGCUUCUCCAAUCUCUCAUCUUCAACGAUACAAGUCUUUCAUGGACUCUUGCACGUACCUAUCGGAUCACUCUGCUUUCUGGUCAGCUCACGUUGGACUAUAUCCGUGUUCAGGGAACGUUUGUCGACAUACCCGGUCGUGAUUUCGUCACUUCGGAGUCAAACUCUAGCAAUAGACAGGCAUGGGUUGCGGCACCUAUCAUCCUCGGCACAGCCUUUCUUGGAAUUCUGGUAUACGUUCUUCUGUAUGUUUGGCGGAAGCGACGAAGAGACGGAUAUGUGGGCAAGGAUGUGGACGAAGCGCCCGUGGUCAGCUCCUUUCAUACCCAGAGCACGGUCCCCGAGGAGGUGAGGAGGGAUGAGAAGUGCACACAUGGUCAUUUCGACUGGAUGAAAUUUGGCUCAGAUUCUCAUGUGUCAUUGAGACUCGAUGUUUUCUACGAACGGGAGGCUGCUAAUCUGUCUUCCGAAGUUUUGACGGAGACAAGCGAGAGCAGACAAGGACAUGCGCAAGAGGCGAUUGCACUGGAGGAUAUGCAGUUGUCUCACCAGGACCUUGCGCUGAUAUUCCAGCGCGCAAAAGAGCUCAUGAAUCUGGCAGAGAUCGGAAAGGCACCGGAAUUUGAUGAUAGAGAUGGGAUCAGAAGUGGUGGUAGCUGGGUGGAGACCACGUUCUCCGGGGCAGGCAUCUGGUUCUUUGGUUCAACGGGGGUAUAUGAUGCUCGUUUGAACAUUACCGUGACUGAGUACUCUGGAUCGGGCGAAAUGGUGCGAUGGAUGGAGCAUUCUUUGGUCGCGGAUCCUAAGAGGGAGUGGCACAUUUUCCAAUCUCUUAUUUUUAAUGGCACCGACCUCCCGUGGACUCUUGCAUGUACCUAUCGGAUCACUCUGCUCUCUGGCGACCUCACGUUGGACUAUGUCCGUAUUCAGGGGACUUUUGUCGACAUACCCGGUCGUGAUUCCGUGAUAUCCGGGUCUACGUCUAGCGAUAGACAAGCAUGGAUUGCGGCUCCCAUCGUGCUCGGCACGGUGUUUCUUGGAAUUCUUGUAUAUGUUCUUCUGUCUGUUUGGCGGAAGCGACGAAGAGACGGGUAUGUAGGCAAGAAUAUGGAAAAAGCGCCCGUGGUCAGCUCCUUUCAUACCCAGAGCACAGUCCCAGACGAGAAAUGGAGGGAUGAGAAGCGUACAGGAGCCCUCAACUGGACGACAUUUGGUUCAGACUCUGAGAGGACAUCGAGACCGGACUCUGCCGCAGAGUCGUCGUCUGACCCGUUUAGUGCUUCCUACGAACGGGGGACUGUUAAUCUGUCUUCCAAAGUUUUGACAGAGACAAGAGAGCAGACAGGGACAGGGAAUAGCACUGGAAGAUGUGCAACUGUCCCACGAGGAGCUAGUGCUCAUAUUCCAGCGUGUAAAGGAGCUCAGGAAUCUGGUAGACAUAGGCAAAACGCCAGAAUUUGA